CGGCGACACGCAGAUAUGUUUGGGGCGAUUUGGUUACCACAGCUUGCCGUUUUAGCGAAGAUUUUGUGCCUCCUGAUGGUGGUGAUGUGCGGGGCGGUGCCGGCAAUGGUGCGCUCCGUGAGUCUCUACUCGACUUGCAGCAGCGGCAAUGUUACCGUAAUUGGCCGCUCGAUCAAGGCCGUGGUACGCGAUGAUCUGAAUGCCCCUUAUCAAAAACUGACGACUCAGUCCGAGGACUUCAGUAGGAAGUUGUACAUCUUCGCGGAGAAAAGCCAACGAUAUAUUUGUUUCAACGAGCGGUGGAAACCCAUCGGCUUGCCCAAGAAGAAGAAGAACUCUAGGUGUCAGUUCUACGAGGAUUACAACGGCUCGUAUCUGACGUACAGAAGCGUGGUGAACAGUUCGCGAUACUUGGGCUUCAACAAGUUCGGCAAGCCGGUGAAGAACCGCGGCCGGCAGGAGUGCUUCAAUUUCAUCAAGUACAAUCCCCACGCGGACAUAAAUCACCACAACAACCUGGUGAACGCGGACAUGGGCGGGAUGGACCCGUACGUGGUGUCGAGGAAACCGUCGCCGGUGAUGAGGGCCAGCAAGAACUUGCUGUCGCAGACCGACAGCACGAGGGAGAUCGUUCACACGACGCACCGUUACCGGCAUCGAAGUUGGAAGCUGCGCCCAGCCGAGAAGAUCUCCGCGUCGCGGAGACGACUCGAGAGCCCUCUGUUCGAGGCGAACAAGUACUGAGCCGCGCACUGGGCUCGCCGAUCAAGACUGCCUCUCAUUCACACCUGCGAGAACACCUGAGAUCAGACUGCCAAAUACUACGCAUGGUGAUAUAUACGUACCGGUCGAGAUGUCAGGAAAACCCACGGCAACCACGCGGCACCACGUGAAACGCGGCUCGAAGCACGCGCCUCGAUUGAUCGCAACGAACAAAGCUAAGCUCGCCUCCCGCCCCCUCUGUGUCUCCUGCUCGCUUGCGUACUUACGACAAACAACAAUCAUCCCGACCAACAGUGGUAUCGCUACACACACAAACACAAACACACACACACACACACACACACACGCAGAGACAGACACGAGACAAGCAGCAGCAGACAACGAAAAACACUUGUUCGACGAGCGCACUGCAAAUUGCAGGAUGACAGUCUUGUUGGCUAGAGCUUUCGUUAAAUUCCAUUUCACACACUUGCCCCGACUGAAUCCUUUCAGGCAAGUAUGCACGAUAUCAUUUCAAUUUCUUUACCUUUUCUCUCUCUCUCUCUCUCUCUCUCUCUCUAUCUUUCUCUUUCUCUUCUCCAAAAGCCUUCUUUUACCCUCGUUCCCUUCUCGCUCCCCCUGCUCAUUUCGUUCCGUCGCUAAAUUUUUUGAUACCGUUCCCCUUUCAUUUUCACCGAUCAUCGAUUAUCGUGAAAACCUCAUUGUUUAAUGUCCAAACGUUUCUCGCACAAAACUGAAGGGGGAAAAAAAAAAAGAAAAAAAUCUACCGGGAGAGAUGUAGAAAAAAAAAAAGUUUCCAAGAGGGAAAGAACAGACAAGCGAAUGACAGUGUCGGAAGAUCAGUGUCGGAUGAUCGUUUAGCGAUGGAAGAAUUAAUACGUUGCGCGCGCGAUCGGCCUAAAUCGUUGCGCAAUCGGAUAGCUAGCCGUGCUUCAAGCGCAAAUGUCACAGACCGCCAAUAGACGCGCCCCAAGAGAGAGAGAGAGAGAGAGAGAGAGAGAGAGAGAGAGAGAUGCACGCCGACAGCGCGCCUCUAUCUAUUGCAAGUGUGUGUUUUCUCCUUGGUGUCGAACUUGGACCGAGGGGGGGAAAAAUAAAUCGUUGAUCAGCCGUGACCGAUUUUCUCUCUUCUUCCGGUAGCGGAAGACUCGAGAUUUAACGGAGCGACAAUUGCACAGGUUGCACAGUAAUUCGGGGAUAAGAUUCGAGUCGACGAAGGAAGGAAACUCGCGUAGAUUACUCGCGGAGUAGGAGCGCGCGCUGAAAAAAAAAAAAAAAAAGAAAAAGGUAUGUAAUAAACUCUUUGGCGCGCUGGCGCAGUAGAGCCUCACGCUGCGCAAAGACUCUCUCGCUCGCUGUGCUAAUUACGCCGCCUAAUGUAGCGUGCGUGCGUGCGUGCGUGCGUGCGUGCGUGCGUGUGUGCGUACGUGCGUACGCGCUUGCCUGCCUGCGUGUAUGAAUAAUGUGUGUGCGUGAGUGCGUGCGUGCGUGCUCGCGACGUACACGCAGUUCUCACCGUCGCGUCCCGUUUCGAAGUCGAGGAAGCUCGACAGCGAUGCGAUCCCUUUAUCGCAAAUCGCUAUCGUUUAUCAACUCUGCUGGCUCCGUUCACCUGACCGUUUUUUACAUUUUAAUUCCGAUCGAUAUUAUUUAUACUGUAUAAAAAGGGAAAUAUGUAUAGAGAGGAAAACCAAAAAAAAAAAAAAAAAAAAAAAAAAAAAAAAAAAAAAAAAAAAAAAAAGAAAAAGAACAAAAAAAAAGAAAGAAAGAAGAGAAAGAUGUAGACAGGUGCGUGCGACAGUCGACUACUCGGAUAACGCACACGCAUACAUACACACGACACGAACAAAGAGAGAGACGACUGUUUCUUAAACAGAGAAUCGGUAUACACAAUCCCCAGGAGAGCAAGACACGCGAUAGUGUAUAUAUAUUUUUCGUAUUCAGAAAAAGAAGAAAAGAGAGAGAGAGAGAGAGAGAGAGAGAGAAAAAAGAACGGUGUUUCGACGCAAUAAUGGACGCAUACAAAUAAUAAUGAACGGGAUCUCUGAGUAUUUUAUACGACGAUGUAUUUGAAAUGAUAAUUAUUAUUUUCGAUGCGCGAUUUCGUCAACGCCGACGAACGAGUGUAAUUCAUACAGAAAAAUCUAUUUUUCUGAUAUAUAGGAAUGAGAGUGAGAUAGUUACUGAGAGAGUUAUCGGCUUAAACUGCGUGUUCGUGUACGAGCUUAAGUAUUUGUGUGCAUUCUGGAGCGCGUACGUAUAUCUGCCUCUGUGAACUGCGUGUGACUGCGUGUAAUAUAUUAUACGAUCGUUAAUGAAGUGUUGUAAUCCUUAGGAUGCUAUCGCAGACUGUAUUACUAGGUUAGGUAACACGAAUAUAUGACGCGGUGGCGACUCGACGAAAAGAAUCGGAGGUACACGUUCCUCACGGCCUCGCGACUUUUCUAUUCUUCCCCUUACCCCUCCCCCCUCCCGCAAGCUUUGUUUCCCACGUUAUUGUUUCCAAAAUCGGCGACCAAAACUCGAACGAGUUUCGUCGUUCGAACUCAAGACAAGGCCGCACGGAGCCAUAUCCCUGAUUCCUUCGUUUUUCGCAGAUUCGCCACGUAAGGAGCGCCUGCCCCUUCCCCCCUCCCCCCAUCCCUAAAAAUGAACUCGCUCCCUAGGUAGCUUAUUUAUUGAAAUCACAUGUUUAGAUAGUACGAAAACCAAACCGCCCGAGAACACCUUUUCCUCGUAUAUCACUCUGUGUAUAUACGGAAAUGUGCGCUGCUCUCUCUUUUAUUUUACUUGUCGCUAUUUUCCUUUCCUUUUUUUUGUUCGUUACUACUCAUUAUUUAUCGUACAUUCUUCUUUCCUUUUCAAAUUAUUCUUCUAGAACAAAGCCGGCCUGGUUGCUAGCGCUAGCCCCCACUUUGCCACUGAUGCAGUGGAGGGGAUAGCGCUAGCGACCAGAAAAGUAGGGGCAUGACCGCCAGUUCGCCGGCUUCUAAAAGAAUUUAACGUUUCGUGAUCAAUCAACAGAUCAAUCGAUAUAUAUCAUUUUAUUUCGUUGUUCCGUAUUAAGAAUUUCAUCAUCACCUUCUUCUUUUUCCUCCUCAUUCUUCUUCUUCUUCUUCUUUUUUUUUUUUUUGACGAACGUAAGAUACGUAACAAUGCAAUUAUUUCUCUUUUUUAUUCGAUAUAUAAUCCUACUCAUAUUCGCGUUAGUUUGAACGAUCGUCAUUCUCACCGUUGUACUUACUUUCUUCUCACCUACUACGUUGUCAGUCUUAAAUCCGAAAAUACUCAAUACCUGAUUAGUUAAUUUUCGUUUUCGUACGAGUGGCAGUGCGUAAAAGCCCCAUUACCACCACCCCGAACGGUGUUUGUACGUGUCGGUGAAAAAGCAAAAAAAAGUAGACAGCAAAUUGUUCGUAGAAGUGCCACGCUCCGUUCGAUAAACCGAGAAGUGUGAAUUGAAAAUAAACACCAAUGCGGAAUUACUCUGUCAGUUGCAUUCAUUCUGGCGCCUUUCUUCGGGAAGAAAGGUUUCCCAAUUCCGUCGAAUCAUUUUCGAAGUAUCGCGGCUACGAGGCAGAGUGAAACUACAGGAUCACCGCUCGCGCGAUUUUUGUUUUUUCACGAUCUCGUCUGUCGGCGCGUGGCGCGUGCAAGCUAAGUACGAUAAAAUUUCGCGCGCAAAACAAAAUAAAAAGAAAAAAAAAAAAAAAGAGAAAAUGCCAGCAGUUGACUAUUAAGGAAGAAUGAAACAGAUAAACGAUAUUGUAACUCCACCACUGAAAGAUUAACUUGCUCGUUUGGUAUGUGUAAAUGUAGCGUCACUGCGUCGAGAAUCGCGGCACAAUGAGAACCGAUGCUCGAAACGAGCGAAAGACAGAAUCACCGACGAGUAUCCUUCCUCAGAAUCGUCAGUUUGCUCGAUGUCAAGUCAGUUGGCGUUUAGUUUUUAUAUAUAUCUAUAUACGUGUAUUACGAAAUUUCACGAUGACAUUUUUUCUACUACGACAUUCCGAUAUUUCGGAGCGGCCACGGAGUAUCUAUAGUUGCGUUUAGCAUUUGACGAGAGCAAGUAGCAUUUUUAAUAACGCGAGAGGAAAUUAGCAGGAGGGAUAAACCCGGUUGAUUGACGCGUGCCUUGACCUCGAGCACCGCAGUGACCUGUCUGAAUUCCUCCCUUCUUUGUUUUUCUUUCCUUUUUUUUUUUCUUCUUUUCUUUCUUUUCUUACUUUCUCACAAUCGACAAACCCAAACCGGCAGAAGAAAUAAGAUGAGGAAACGAAUGAAACACGAGAGAUGAAUCUGACUACCCUAUAGAUAGAUAGUAUAUAUAAUGAAUAAAGAAAAAAUGGUGAGAUAUAAAUACACACGUAUAUGUGUGUGUGUGUGUGUGUGUGUGUGUUUGCAUGCGUGUGUGUAUGUGUAUGAAAAGAAAGAGGGAAUGUUAUAUACAUACAUACAUAUAUAUAUGUAUGUAUAUGUUUAUGUAUGUAUGUAUAAAUAUAUAUGAUGUGUAUGUAAGAUAUUUAAUACCGACUUGUCUUAAGCACACCACGAUGAUCGAAUGCGAUGAAACGAUGAUAAUAAUUAAUGAUUGUUGUAUAACGAACGACGACGACGAUGAUGAUGAUGAUGAUGAUGAUGAUGAUGAUGAUGAUAAUGUUACUCUACAUUGUAAUUCGCGUUGUAAUAUAGAGACCCACCUGUUACCCACUAAAUCGAUGUGUCGAUGUAUCCCGGACGUGCCACGCUCGUACACGCAUCGAGGGGAAAUCGAGGAUUGCGUUCCCAUGGGCGGCGGACGUUGGACACCAGCCAAUAAGUUUAAGAACUCAGAUUUUUCUAUGAGAGAAGGACUACGACCGAACAGGGCCAUUAUCUGCUCUCGAUGUCCAACGACCUCCGGCAUCCGAGCUAAACGAAAUCGUUUUCCAACCGCUUACCGAUCCUCAGUAUUAAUCGUAUCGAGAACGCCCGGUUCCGUUACCGAAGCAGCUCGUUACUACGAGCGCAGCACGCCCGGAGCAACUAGCAAUAAAUAUAACAUUCCAACCUUAAAUCGCGUACGUACUGCGAAUUCUAAUAAUGUGUGCCGCCGUACGAGAGAGAAAAAAAAAAACACUGUCAAAUACACGCUCAUACACUGCUACGUA